CGAGCUGUUACGACAGCUCCAAAAAGAAAGGGAUGUUAGAUAAGUUACUGACAUCCGUAAAAUGUUUAAACUAACAAGUUAGCGCUGCGCCGUCCUCCGAUCAGUCCCUAUUCUAAUGUAACGACGCUAAAGUGUAUUGUUGUUGUUGUUGUUUUAACCUGCCAGCCCUGCUGAAACGGAAAGUAUUAGUCGAGUUGUCGUCGGAGUCAUCUAACGGGAGUCACAAGAAACAUGCUGUUUUGAUAGGAUCGGACCAAAGGGAAAGGGGUGUUAGAUGAGUUGGGUUCGUUGGGCAUGCAAAGAGAUGACUAGUAUCAUGCGGGAACUCAUUGCAUUCAAUACAUAUAUUCUGUAGGUCGGGAUUCAGUCUGGAUAAGUAGGAGUUUAAACUGUUACAGUAUCCAGAACGAAGUUGCGCAAGAGUCACACUGGUUUAACUCGAGCUCAUCGUCUGCUAUGGAUAGCAGUUUGACUCAAAGGAUGCCUCUCCUUGCCAGCUCUUCAGCUUUACGGUUAUCAGCAACCCGCUUGUCAUCCUAGCUGCUCUCUAUACUAGUAUUAUCAAGAAAAAACUCAAUGCCGUUUAUAUUGAGAUUAGGCAUUCCUAAACUAAACGCGAGCCAUGUUCAUAACCAUUUCAUUUCAUUUUUACUUCAAUGACAUGUUGCUAACUCAAAAGUCGCUUGAGGUUGAGAGACAACAGUAUUAAGUUUUUUGCUGUUAAAUCUAAAUUGUUACAAAUUCGCGAGUUGAUUCAUCAAUUAACCCAUCCUCUCGCAGUUUUUUUCUGUCUGGCUUUUAUUAUCGCUUGCGGUUUUUUUUGCACGCUGUGCCUCACAACUUUAACUGAUUUCAAUCUGUCGCUACAUAAACACAGCUUAUCAAACAACGAGUUUGUACAUAAAUAUGUAUGUAUGUACGUGUGUAUGCAGCGCGUAAGCUCUUUGCACAAUUAGCAAUAGUGUCGCUGACGUCAUAUUUCUACAAGUCUCACACUCAGCCAGUGGAGGUAAACACGGCGUAUCAAUGUGGGCACGCGCCGCCUGCAGGAACAGUACUACAUAUCGGCACAAUUAACAGAGAAUAUGCUUUACACAUAUAAGUUGUAAGUCGCUUAGUCAUUUUACUCGCGAUCGUUUAAACGCGCUGAGACAUAGCUUGAGUGAACGUUUGUAUUUUUCCCAAGUGCACCAUAAUCUUUACUUGCUCCCGCAGCGUCAUCACCUCAGUUACCCCGCUUACUCAGUGUAUACCAUAUUGGUUGGUGGCUUACUAGUGGCUAGAGCGCGCGCUCGGUUUUUUAGCUUCUUCGUCAUCACGUUGACGCGCUGUUGGUGAUGGCGUUGAUGAUACCUACAGCUUAUUGUGUGCGUUUAGCUAAGUAGUAGUAGUACUUGUAGCGCAGUCGUCAGUUUGUUGUGUUGUACCGCUUUUCGAAACAUAUGCGGCACUGCGUUUUGCCAUUUGUACGUUGAACGCGAGCGUUGGUUGUGUGCAUGCGCGUGCGUGUGGUGUGCUAAAACUUUUCAAUUUACUAGCGCUAAUUGAGUGCGCUAGCAAAUUUGUGUGGCAAACAAAUGGAAACGAGUAAUUGUGCUGGCAGUGUUUUUGAUUAAGACGAGCCAAUAAAGUGAAAAUUUAUUGUAGAAAAAAAAAAACAAAUCGCUAAAAAAAUAAAUAAAAAAUAAAAAAAAAAAAUAAACAAAACAGAUUUGCCAAAAAACAUUUGGCAAUUAAGUAGCUGUGUUUCAUAGCCUUGCGUGUGCUGUGUUUUCGCGCUGACAGUGAAAAGUUUGCACAAAAAAAAAUAAAUCAAAAUAAUUUAAAACAUUUUGCACAUUCCGCUUGUUUUUAAGCUCUUUCUUUUCGGAUAAAAUCAGUCCAGCAGCAUGCGCUUAUAGCUGCUGACUCACCUGUGAUUGUGUGUUCGUGAGAUAAGUCUAUUUGUUUAUACGUUUCUACGCUCGUAUAUAAACAAAAUCUUUAGUUUUGUAGCAACUAAAAAGCAAACUAGUUACUGAGAACACAUUUAGCUUGCACUAUUAGUCAUUUUCAAUACGCAAACAAAUCAAUAUACAAUAAAUAUAAAAACAAUUAAAAUAUAAACAAACUGCAACUGUCAACAAACGUCCAACAACAACAAGAUGGCUAUACCACCACCACCGGGUCCACCGCCGCCACCAGGGCCACCACCACCUCCGGCUAUGGGAGGUCUCAAGUUGGGUGGUGCCGGCGGCGCAGAUAUGCGUUCAGCACUCCUAUCAUCCAUACAAAAGGGCACUAAACUGAAAAAGACUACAACUGUUGAUAAAAGCGGACCAGCCCUAGCAGGAAAGAUUUGCGAUUCAACGUCAUCCGCAACGAGUUCACCGAAACGAAUACACAACAAUAAUAACAACAACAAUAUCAGUAAUAGCAAUAACAAUAAUAUAGGCAAUGGCGGACCAAAAUUGGGUGGCCUAUUCGAAGGGCUAACCUCAAUGCCCAAAUUGAAGCCAGUCAAUGGCAGUAGUCGUGCCCAAGCACCGGCCAUCCCUAGUACGGCUAGCAACAACGACUCGUCCGUAGCGAGUAGACGCAACGACACAUCGCCACCUGCUAACAGCGGCAAUAAUGGCAGCAGUAAUGGUCCAUUGGAUUUCAAUGCCGAACUGACAAAGCAUUUGACACUGAAGCGGCAGAAGCAGCAACAGCUGCAACAGCCAGUCAAUGCGACCGAGGCGAAUUUACGCACAAAUCGUGGACCACCACCGCAGCCGCCAUCGACGCCACCGAAAAAUCUCUCAACGAGCGCCUCCGACUCGGUGUUGGAGAAGACGAGAAGUAUCAACGCAACGUCGGCUGGUAUACGCGCCAGUCCGUUGGCGGCAAAUCACAACAAUGGCAAAGCAUCAUCGCCUACGCUAUCGGAGAGCAGCAAUGGCAGCAACAAAAUCGCUGGUGGUGGUGGCAGCAGCAGCAAUAGCAUCAAAAGUAAAGCGGCUAGCUUGAAUUUAACAUUAGGCAAAACAAAUUCAAAUGUUGUAAAUAAUAAAAGUAGUAUGUUUAAUACAAACUCUUCUUCAACCACAACAACAACAACAACGACCUCGUACAAUUAUAAUUCAACCAAUCACACAACUACCACAACAACAACAACAAACAAUUCCAACUACAAAAGCAGCCUGAACAGUACACUGUCCAAAGCAACACUAUUCCAACAACAGCAAACAUCACCAGCACCCAGCCGUGGCACUAUCCUACCGAACAAGUCAUCAUUAUUCGGCACGAAUGGCCUAAGUAGUGCUGCUGGUCCCUCCGUAACGGGUAGUAGCAAUUCGCUCGCCACCCCCUUCGUAGCUGCAGCGACGACGCCGGCUAAUAAGUCUCCGACGCCAAGUUUGAAACCGGUGCCGAAUCAUGGCAAACCGAAUUUUGCGCCAAAACCGCCAGGAUUACAGCAAUUGGCGUUGGCGAGCAGUCAACGCACGACCGUGUCGCGCCAUCAUAGCAUGAAGUCACCAAGAUCACCGCCAAUUGCAGCGCCAGGUGCGCCCAUAUUCCCCACGCAGCAACACUUCGGCACAAUGCGCACACCACUCGCACAACUGUGUCAGUCGCAAGAAGCAAUCAACAGCAGCGGCAUGCGUCCAGCGCCAAAUCCACCAAUUGGUAAGCGUACAUGUCGUCCCACAGUGGCACCACCGAAACCGCCAUCAGUCAAACCACCGCCACCGCCGACACCAGCGCGCAGUGUCUCCAAUUCCAAUUUGAAUAGUAUUGUGGCAGGACAAAGCGGCGCUGCCAAUGGCAAUGCGGCCAUACCAUAUAGCGCUGUGAACUCCACACUGGUCUCUUCCGUCAACAGCAACAGCAACAAUUACUCAUCGUCAACCACAACGCAACCACCUUCCACAUCUUCUUCCUCCAGCAGUGUAUCGGCGUUGCGUGAUCAAUUUCGUAGCACAACAAAUGGCACACCACCGCCACCACUGCCGCCAACAGCAAGCGCUGUGAAGUCGUCCAGCAGCGGCAGCAUGCAAGGCAGUCCCGGUAGUCCCGGCAGCAGGCAUACGUCGAGUCGAGAAAAGCCUAUAAAACCGAUUAUAUUGAAUGGUGGUCCAUUGAAUGCGCCACCGCUGCCACCGCAUCGAACAGUACAAGCGCCACCGCCGCCGCUACGGCAAACGAGCAAUACUGGCAACAGCGUGGCACCUGUGCCGCCGCAACGACACUCUUCCAUACGCGCCAACGCACCUUUAACACCGCCAACAGCCAACAACAACAAUAUGCCGAUGUUUGGCAACAAUGCUGCUGGUCAACUGGCGCACGCCAAUUCAGUCAGCCGUUUGAUCACCGAUUUGGAAUCCCGAUUUGUCUUCCACAAUGUGACCGAAUUCCCGAAACCGCCACCGUUUCUAAAUAUUCCCAAAAUCUAUACGGCCAAAGCGAAUGCGCCACUUCCAGGAAAUAAUGUUAACAACAACAACAACACCGAUGGCGCGACCAAUAACACAGCAGCAACGUCAACAACAACAACAACAACCACAGAUACAACACCACCAACGCUAGCAAGCGGCCUAACACGCAAACAGCCCGUACAACCGUUAUUUCCGUUGGGUGUGAAGAAGCAUCGCGCACCCGCACCACCGCCACAAGCCGGUGUAGCCGCCGCAACGGUAUCUGUGAUAAGACAAUCGAGCUUCCUUUAUGGCAGCGCCGGUGUGGGGGGUGCAGUAGCACAACAACAGCAACAACAAACACAGCAAUGGUAAAUAUGCGUGAAGUAAAGUGGGGAAGUAAUCGAAACAUAUUUUUAGUGAGAUAAUUAAAAAUAGACAUAAUUGAAUAAAUCAAUAUUUCGUAUUUAAUAUAUAAUAUAAUAAAUGUUAUAUUUAAAUAUUGUAUGAAUGUAUUUGUAGUUGAACAUGCAUACAAAUAUGUGAAUUUCUUAAAAGCAAUUUAGAGGGUAUUAUCACAUCACAUGGUGGCACAAUUGUCUCUUAUUGAAGCAAAUUGUUGUAAGUUUUUAAAUAAAAAUUUUGAAAAAUUUAAAAAAUUUAAUAUAAAAAUUUAAAAUAUUCCAUACACUUUAAAAUAAUAAGCAAGCGCUAAAAAAGAUCGAAUCUGUUCUUUUUGUUUGCCCUCAAAUGUGGUUAUCGCCGCCACAUAUACAAUAUUUAUACUAACUAUAAAAAAACUAUCAUAUUCCAAUACAUAAUAAAGACUUUCUUUUACACAUAAUGCCUUCAUAUUUGUAUUGAAAUGUAUAUUGUAUAAAUUAAAUAAACUACAACUAACGACUUAGAAAAUUAUAACUAAAUUGAAUUAUUAAAUUAAAUUAAAUUAAAAAUUGGUAGACGAUUUGUUAAAAAAUAUGAAAAUUAAAAUUUAGAAUUUACCCACAGCAUUUAACAAGUAAUUUAAUAAAAAUAAAAAUAUUUGUAAAUAAGAAACAGUCAUUAGCGUUGUUUAAACAAAAAUUAAAUAAAAAAUAAUAACAUUACAUGGAAAAACAUUAAAUCAACAUUAAAGCAAUUCAAAUAAUAUAGCGCAUAUUUCACAACAAAUAACGAACGCACCAACUGAUAUUACCGGUAUUUUUGAAAAUAGACUGCAAGGCACUUGUUGGUGUUGAAAUUAUCUAAGUAUUAAUAGUUACAUACAAUUAUUACAUAACUAUUGAGGCAAUUAAUAUACAUACCACACAUGCGUGUAUAUAAAUAUACGAGUAUGAUAUAUUUCAAGUGUUUAUAAAGCAUUUAGAAAUGUUAUCGAAAGCAUUUGACUGUUCGAACUACAAAAUAUCACAAAUUAUAGAGAAUAUAUACAUAUGUAAGUAUAUAUGUAUUUAAUUUUAAUGUUAGCGCGUACGUUCUUUGACUUGGGUGAUUUCAUACUGUUGUGUUGUACUGUUAACAAAUUUCUAUAUCACGAUUAAAAAAAUAGUAUAAUAAAGCAAAUAAA